GUGACAUCAAUGGAAGGCGGUCUAUCGGCCUAACGGCGCGGAGGGUUGUGGGAAUGGGUAUCGUGUUCACCUUGAGGAGUGUUCGAGAAGCGUUCGUCGGGUGGGAGCAAAUACUCAACGCUUUAGCUUAUUGAAACGAUGGGGGCAUCCACGUCAAUACUACCGAACAAUGUGCAAGCAGAUUCUGUUGCUGUUACAGCACAGGCAUCACCACCAGCAGAAUGCCCAAUGCAUCAAGCCAAGAAGGAAGGUUGCCCAAUGCAUCAGUCAACAGCUGCCUCAAUAGAGAAUGCAUCGUAUCCUGUGCCUGCACAUCAGGAGAGGGCGUACGAAUAUGUGGAGUGCCCUAUGAGUGGAGGUAACAGACCACAAACAGAAGAUGAUAUUGAUCCCAGUAAUAUGAUGCCACCGCCUAACCAGACGCCUUCACCAGAUCAGCCAUACCCCCUUUCUCUCGGCAGAGAGGAGUCUACUAUUCCAAGGACUCACUCAGACAAGCAUUGGGUAUACCCUUCAGAACAGAUGUUUUGGAAUGCAAUGAUCAGAAAAGGGUGGCGUUGGCAGAAUGAAGACAUUUCAGCUGAAGAUAUGUCAAACAUUGUUAAGAUCCAUAAUCAGAACAAUGAACAAGCCUGGAAAGAAAUACUGAAGUGGGAAGCACUUCAUGCCAAAGAAUGCCCCUGUGGGCCUUCAUUACGACGCUUUGGGGGAAAAGCUAAGGAAUAUUCACCAAGAGCUCGGAUUCGUUCUUUAAUGGGGUAUGAACUACCUUUUGAUCGACACGACUGGAUUGUAAACCGCUGUGGAAAGGAAGUACGAUAUGUGAUUGAUUAUUAUGAUGGAGGUGAAGUUGACAAAUCAUCAUAUCAGUUCACUGCUCUGGAUGUGCGUCCUGCACUUGAUUCCUUUUCUGCAGUGUGGGAUAGAAUGAAAGUGGCGUGGUGGCGUUGGACUUCAUAACAUGUAUUUAAAUUGUAGCAUUUACUACAAAUGAACCCAUGAAUGUCAUAAUCUUUAAAUGUUUCAAAAUUAAAUUGAAUUAUCUGCACAUUAAACCAAGCAAGCUGCACUUUGUACCUGCCAUAGUCCAGAUAUCACAUGCUUAAAAGCUUCUGACAACUUAAACCAACUCAUCAUUUCUGGUUUGCUAUGGAACAAGACUUGGCAUAUGAUCGGUAUUAUAUACAUUAUGUUGUAUUCUUUAUAUUUAGCUGUUGUAUUUGCUGAUUGGAAAUAAUUAAUCAAUUAAUUUAUCUUGAGCAUUUCCUUCAGGGAAUUACUUUUGUUAGCCCUAAUACCUCUAUAUUCCAGUGUAUUAAUUUGAAAAAGUGUCAGAUUUGAACAUAUGUUGACCAGCUUGAUGGAAUCCUGGGGUGCUUGCAACUGUUAGCAUUUUCUUGAGCUUUCAGUUGAGUAGUGCUAAAACUAUGAUGCAAUAUCGCGAGGCCGAUGCGUUUGCCCUCUAGGGCUGAGAAGCAGCAUGUCAGAGUGAAGGUGGAGUAGUUAUAUUAAUUUUCCUGAUGUACUAUAGAGCUGAAUGUUUUCUGAAAAAUAAAGAUACACCAGCAAAUUCUUACGUUAGCUUUCCCUUAAACUGGGAGGUACUUAAAGAUUUUGCUAGUUUUACUUGAUUUUUUUUUGGAGUUCUGAGUAUUUUCUUGACAGGCAGUAGACUUGAUAAUGUCUAAAAUGGAUUUCCCAUUAUCUGAUUACAGUAGAUAUUGCAGGGGAUAUCUAGUGCAAACUAGAAUCAGUCAAAACCAUGAGGAGAAGUUGUUCUAAUUUUCACAUUCCUAAAUAGAUAAACGUCAUAUUUGGAAAAUGGUCAAGGUAGCAACUAUGCUGAAAUUUCGACUUUUUCACUAAUAUCCAAACUUAUUUUCAGGGAAGAGUCAUGUUAGACUAAAAUUGGUAUGCUCUUGUUAACAUUUAGAUUAGGUAACAAACUUGCACAGCGCAAAUAAAUUUUUUUAACUUGAAUAUGAAAGCAGUUUUACAAGUGUUUCCAUGAAAAUCUUGAAAGAGAUUUUCUCACAGUUAAUGAUUAAAGAUUAGUACUUUAAUCUUAAUUCUGUGCGUCGAUCAGAUAUGAAGGUUCUGAGUACAAACCUGAGAGAUCCAAAAUAAAACAAAGAACUGCAAAUCCUGAAAACUUGGAAAAGAAAAUGGUUAUAGAAACUCAGCAGAUCUGGCAAUAUUUGUGGAGAGAAAGCAGAGUUAAUAUUUCAGGUCCAAUGAUGCCUCUUCAUACAGAUCCACACUUGGUGCUGUUGAUCUAAUGAAGUCUACUGUGGGUAAGUGUGAGGUUAUCUGCUUUGUUAGCAAAAACAGAAGGAAAAUUUAAUAAGUGAAUGGUGGUUGAUUGAGAGAGUCUGAGAUGAAGCAGAGUCUUGGUGUCCUUGUUUGCCAGUUGCUGAAACUAAGCUUUCAGGUGCAGAAGUAGGCGAAUAGUACGUUGGUCUUCAUAGGGAGAGGAUUCAAGUACAGGAACAGGGAUGUCUUUCUGUAAUUGUAUUGUGCCUUGGUGAGACUGUACCUAGAAUAUCGUGUGCAGUUUUGGCCUCAUUAUCUGAGGAAAGAUGUUCAGUUGUGGAGGCAAUGUGAUACAAAUUUAUCAGACUGGUUCCUGGGAUGACAGGACUGACGUGAAGAGAAACUGGAUUGAUUAGGACUAUAUUCACAAAUUUACAAGAAUGAACGGGGAUUCUCUCUCAACCUUCAAAUUCUAAAAAGACUAGCAAGGGAAAUGCAGGAACUAUGUUGCUGAUAAGUGGGGAGUCCAAAACUAGGGGUCACAGACUAAGGAUAUGGUGUAGGCCAUAUAGGAGUGAGUUUUUAGAUAUUUCUCGACCCAGAGUUGUGACCCUUUGAAUUUUCCGCGACAAAGCAAUUGAGGCCAAGAUAUUUAACGUUUUCAAGAAGGAGACAGAUCUAGUUAUUAGUGCUAAAGGGACCAAAGGGUAUAGUGAGAAAAUGGGAACAGUAUACUGAGCUGAAUGAUCAGCCACGAUCAUGUUGAAUGGUGGAACAGGCUUGAAGGGCCCAAUGGCUUCUGGUCCAAUUUUCUAUCUUGUCUAGGUUUCUAAAUCUUGACUGCCAACUUCUACCCAAGUAUUCUAGGCUUGGAUAUGUAUGUAUGAAGUUAUGAGGGAGCAAUAUGUAUACAGGUGGGCAUAUAGAAUUUUUGUUACUUGUCUAGAAUUCAUGAACAUGUUCAAAGUAUGCUUAGUGCAGACCAUGUCUCAGGUUUGAGUCUUUUACAAUGGAUUGCAAAUGUAAACGUACCAGUCUCGUCCAGACUGGCAUUGGAUGCAUUGUUUUCUUUACAUCUCUCAAUGUUUUCAAGGAGAUGGUGUAGUGAUCAGUGCUAAAUAUAGCCUGUGAACAAUUCCCUUUUCAAAUAUAUAACAAAUUUCCUUUGAAAAGUGUAGUUGAGUUUCCUCCCUCAGUAAUGCAGGCCAAUUACCAUUUUUUUCCAAAAGGGUCAACUUGUGAUUUUUUUUGUCAUUAAUAAUUUGAGAUAUUACAAUGAAUUUACAUUGAGUUCUUUGAGAAUGUAUUUCUUUAUGGCAAGGAGUGGUUGAGCUGGAGAUGGUGGUAUCAGUUAUUCAGAGUUUGUCAGGACUAAUGGCUGGGUGGCUGCACAGUACUCUGGAAUGUUAAUUUAUGUGAAAAAUACAGACCAAUGCUCCCUUUUAAGGUGUGAGCAUGCACACUGUUCAAUAAGGGAUUGUAUAAUGGAAGAAACCGGGAAUGUAGCAUCCAAUACAGUCACACUCUGUAAUAGCAUUUGAUCACCAUAUCAUCCUAGUUUCAGAAAAUAGUUGAGGUAAUGAUCUUCAAGAUGAUUGCUCUGUAUAAGUAAUACAUCUGUUAAAAAGGCCAUUUGAUCAAUUUGAGACUGUAAAGAAAUAGUUCUAUAUUAGGACUACAUCAGAUGAAUUCAACAUUUGUUAACUUCUUUAAUUUGGAUAGUAAUUUGAGGCUGCCAAUGUAGAAAACAUUUUCCAUAGGCUAGUUAUUUCUUAAUGCCAACAGCUUCUUGGGACAGUUGGUGGAGAACACAAGCCCUGAAGUAUGACUAGCUCAUCGAUAGUAUUCCUAUUGGAAAUGAUGUAAUGUGUUGAGCUUUAAUUACUGUUGGCCUCUGGCACCAUGAUGAAGUCAGUAAAAGUAGGGUCAUUGUGGUGUGACUGUUGGUGAAGUGCUCUGCAUUUGUCAUUGCUCUUUUACUGAACUUAAUGGCAACAAAUGGAGUUUUGACCUGCACAUUUAAACACUGAUUAAUGUUAAUGUCGGUGUUUUUGGGAAAUUCUCGCAAUUGAGGGUGGGGCAUUAUGGUUAUGGCAUUUCUAGUAGACUGACUAAUUUUGAUAAAUUUUGCAGAAUAUAGCUUACCCAUUAAUUUGUAUUUAGUUUUAAUUUUAGUUUUACCAUUGGAAUCAUCUGAGAAGUCUUGUUCCUUUUUAGGUUAUUGGUUUCCAUGGUGAAUGUAAUAGUGGAAAUCCAGAAAUUACUGUUAGUGACUCAGUGCUUCACCUGAUAGUCUGUGAAUGCCUUACAGCCGACUGAAAUUGAUGAAAAGCAAGUGUUUUAACAAGAACAUCAUCUUUAUGCUUAUUGUGUGGUCCAUAACAGUUGGUCUUGUAAAAACUCUUGAAUUUAUUUUAUUUCCUUUUUACAUGUGUUUAUUUUAGUUUCUAUUUUCAUCCAAUUACUUUUACUAUGAAAAGUUCAAAUUAAAGACUACUAGGUACUUUA